CGGUGUUUGCUAAUAUUUGUCAAUAUUGGGGAAGCAGCGGCAGCAGCAGCAUUUGUGCAGUUUGAUUCAACAAAGCAUAUUAUAUAUACAUGCUGUAGCGUGCCGUUAGAAAAAGGCAAGUGUCUUUUAUAAAAGGAAUCUAAAACUGUCUAUUGUCAUAACUCUUAUAUUUACACUGGCUGCUUUGGCAAGGUUAAGAACUGGGCUCUACUAUAAAACCUAAAAAUGUCCUGGACAUGGAGUUGUUUAUGUAAAAUAUGAGAAGAUCUAAGGUUACAGGACUUGGGAUUGGAAGAGCUUUUAAAACCAACCUCUGAGUGCUGACGUCAUGUGGAAACCAGUGCUGGGAUGAUGCUGAACGGAACUGUUUGUCAGUUUGCAAAAAUUGCAAAGUCGAUCUAAUAUUGCUCUAAGGACUUUCUCCUGAUAGAGAAGCCGAUGCUUCGUCUCUCUUUGAAGGAUCAUUGUUUUCAGAACUGGAAAGCCUUUUCUCACCUCCCUCUUUUCACUGCUGGUUUCACUUGGACGGAAGGGAUUCUUCCACUGCAAAGGGAGAAUCUGAGGCUCAGGAAGUGACUUGCCACAGACUGAAUCCAGGCAGAAAAAGGACUGGCAUUCAGAUUUUCUGGACUCUGACCCCACAACCUUAUUGCCUAAACCACAUGUCAACUUUGCUGAUACAAGCUAAUUUGCUAGGACCCUCUGGGUAAAGAGCUAUCAUAGGUCCUCUCACCAAAAAAGAAAAAAAAGAAAAGUGGAAUCUGAGACAAAGAAAGCUUGCCCUAACUUCACCAUUCCCACUUUCCAAGAGACACUCAUAAGAGAAAAGAGGAAGGCACAUCCCCUUCUCUACUGACUCAGCAACACCAUGGACCUUCAGACCCAGCUAGAGCAUAUGACUGAGAAGAACUGGAGUAAAGAGAAGAUGGAACUGUUAGAACGUUUCGACAGUGAAAGGAAAGAAUGGGAAUGCCAGUGGAAGGUCAUGCAGAAGAAAAUAGAAGAGCUUUACCAGGAGGUAAAAUUAAGGCGUGAAAACAAUAUGAAUAUCUCUGAGAACAAGCCCAUUCAUAACAAGGCAGAGAAACAAUCUUGCUCCCCCACUUUAGAAUGGAGUGAUGCACCAGGAUUGAACAGUUGUUCACCAGAUAAAGAGAGUUUGCACAGCAAAGCCGAAAAAGAAAGCAAAGGUGUGAGAAACAAAAGGAGAAACCAUGCUUUUGCAAAAGAUCAUCUCACUUUUGAGAAUUCUAAGGAACCUGAAGACUGUGUAGACUUGAAAACAACCAAGAAUUACACUCAGGAUCUCAACAUUGCUCUUAAAGAACUUGCCAAAGUAAGUGAAGACUUGGGUACCUACCAAGAAGAAAUCCGUAAGAAAGCCAACCAUAGAAGAAAAAAAAUGUUGCCUUUCCUUGGAGAAUCUGUUGAAAGUGGGAAUGCACUGAUUUCCCAAGAGACAAGCCAUGCGCAUUACAAGAACCCACAACUGGCUUCAGCUGCCUCUGAGACAGAGAAGCAAAAUAACAGAAAGAACCUGAUUAGCACCAACAGGUGUUUGAAGGAGAUGCCAUCUACUGCUCUUUCUGGGAUUGAGGAAACCAGCUUUUUGCCUUGGCAAAAACGAGAAGCGCCUCCUGUUCCCCCCAGAAGCACCUCUCGGCAUUUGACAAGCUCUCUUGCGGAAGUUUCUGAAGCAUUAGCUAAGCAUGCUGAGCAUAGAAAUAACUGCAAAACACAGGAGCAUCCAGAUGCAAAUCCAUUAAUUUAUCCAGCUGCUCCACUGGCAGUGACAGAUGAAUGGAAAUCUCUUAGUGGGCCUACAGAAAAUCAGAAUCAGUAUCUUGACCAUAAACUUCCAGCAGGAAUUCUUCACAGUGCAUGGUCUUGUGAUGCAAGCAAAAUUGGAAAUGGUCCUGAAAAUGGCUCUUCCCCACAUGGUGUCCAGAAGUGCUCUUCUGAUGCAAACAUGGUGUCCCCAAAACAGCAUCCCAAAUUUCAAAGCAGUGUACAUUGUACCAGUAAUCCUUAUACUGCUGCAUGUGACACACUGGAUGAUUCUGGGUAUGAAACUGGAAAGACUCAACGCAAUGAAACACUGGAAGCAAAAAUUGAUGAGUUCAACCGAACUGUAUUUCAUACAGAUAAAGGUAAAAAAUGUUUGCUGCAGAACCAAACUCCAUUAGUGCCACCUGGAGUUCCUAAAGCCCACUGUGGACUGCAGGACUGUCUGAACAGCAGGACACAAAAUGAAGAGACAACUUGGGCUUUGAAUUCCAAGCUGUCUUCAAAGAAGGAAGAAAAUUCAAACCGGCCCAGCAAAGAGGUCAAAACAAAAGGGCAGCAAAAGCAACUAAAUGGAGUUUUAAGCAGCUACCAGCACAUGCUUCAUGAACAUGACUGGAGGCCAAGUAAUUUAUCUGGUCGUCCGCGAUCAGCUGACUCAAGGUCCAACUAUGGUGUUGUUGAGAAGUUGCUGAAAAACUAUGAAAAACAGGUGCAGUCUGAGUCUGAAUUUACUGAGGGGAGCUGCAGAAAAAUGGGUCAUUAUUCAGUAAUCCAGAUAGACCAAGGAAAGCAAGAGCAGCAGAAGAAUUCAGUGAGACACAUUGGACUAUACACUAAGCAUGGAAAAGAGAAGCAGAAAUUUCCUGAGGUCUCUGUGACGGCCAAGCAGUCAAGUGGGAAGGGAUUCUCUCGGCCAGCUCGCCCAGCAAACAGACGCUUACCUUCCAGAUGGGCCUCCAGGUCUCCGUCAGCACCACCUGCCGUGAGAAGAACACUUUUGAAUGAACUUGCUUGAGCGUUUCAGUGGGUCUGAACCUCUGUGUGGAUUCAGGAAUGAUGUGAAAGUGCCAUGUUUUUUAAAACACUCUUUUCCAUGUUCCCAACCAGAACUAGUUCUAUGCAACUCUACAUUGGCCAAUAAUAACCAUAUUUUUGACUUGCUGAAGAAACUCUUUGGAUUCUUUAAUCAUUCUUACUGUCUUCAGUGUUAUAUCAAUUAGAUAAGGAUUCCCCUUUCCUUGAAUGUGUAUGUGUAUAUAUUUAUAUAUAUUUUAGCUCAUAGUAAUUUUUCUUUGAACCUCAUGCCACUAUUCAUCUCCUUAAUCUGUUUUUAAUUUAACUUUAGUGCUGUAUAUUCUGACUUUCCCCACAAAGGGUAGGAAAAAAUGCUGUGUGCAUGAUCAUGUCAUUUUAGGUGCAUGUGUUGAAAUAGCAAGUGCAUUUCGUGUGUAAGUAGAAGAGAUUAUUGCCAUACCUACAUAUAUCCAUGCAGUUCCCAAUGUUUGAGAUUUGUUUCAAGGUUUGAAUAUAUGAAUAUACAUACAUACAUACACCCCUGCCAAUACUUACAUUCUGUAUGUCUUUUAUAGGCUUUACAUGCCUAGUAUUUAAUAUAACAAACCUAACUUACACAUUUUUUAAAAAAUGCAUGCUAGCAGAUGGAAAGUUAUUGCAGUGAUGUCAUAGAAGCUGAAUGGACUGGUUCUUCAUUCGUGCUUCAUGUUUCCCUUUUAAUCUCCCAUUUUUGAAACGUCCCAAUGCACAAUCUAAAGUUUUACGUAUCUUUUUUUCCAGUUCAAAUCAUCUAUUUAUAACUGCAUUAGCUUUUCUAUUUAGCUGUUUCUAAAAAGGAAUAAUUCUCUUAUUUCAUUCAGUGUUAUAUUUCUCAGAAACUAAACUCAGACAACAACAUAAGAAGAGCCUUGCUGGAUCAUGCCAAAAGCCUAUCUAGUCCUACAUUCUACAUCUCCCAGGGCCCAAGCACAAGCAGUUGAGAGUCUCUGAAGUGAGAUAUGACGUUGAAAGCCCUCUUCUUUCCAUCCCUAGCAGCUAGUAUUUCAGGUAGUCUGUUUUUGGACUUGGAGAUAAUAUGCAGUAGCCCUUGACAGCCAUGUUAAGUUUAUUUGAUCAGCAGUAUGGGUUGGGCCUGGGGAAGGAAGGAGACAGAUGUCUACUCAGCAUCUCAGAGCAAAGCUAAACUUAUCAAGAGGCGCAGAUCAACUUAUCCCACGUCCCGAUGCGACCGCUUUGCCAGCUGCACCCAGGAAUAGAUGAGCGUUCAUUGUAACAAUGUCUAGACAUUCAAAAAGAUAAAUUAAUGGCGUGAAGAUAAACUUUACAAGUGGAUGCUGUGAUCACAUGAUGACUCAUGUAGUUUGAAAUUCCACCUAUUAGCCUAUUUUUCUCUAUUUGUCUUAAGGUGAGGACAUAGGGAAUAGCCUUGAAGGACAGGAGGAAAAGCCUCUACCAAGGCAAUGGUCAGAUAAGUGGGGCUUGAGCCCAUUCCAAGAAACUAAUUUGAGAAAGCGUUUCAGGCAGGCCCCUUCUUAGUUCACAUGAAGAUAAAGUGAGGGAGGGGGGAAGCACAUUCAGAUUUGCAAGAAUCCGUUACUCUAGCUGUUACAAUAAAAGUAGUCCUGAUCUCUAUGGCAUUGGUUUCAUAGUCUAGUCUACCUUGUAUGGCUGACACCUGAUACGUUUUAAAGGAGUAGUGAAGUCAUGUACAGAAUUAACAUUAAGAUUUUCCUGGAUCAGGACUUCUUCAUAUGGAGUUGAUUCAAUUACUUUCUCUUUUGAUUAUCUAGCCUUCACUUAGAGACUCAGGCCUUCAGCAAAGCAAAGUUAAACUAGUUAGUUUUGCAUGGAGGGAGAUAGAUAAGAACACUAUGGCUGUUUGGCAUGAAACUACUUUUUUGAGAUUUGUGCUCAGCAGAGAUGACAGUGACCAGCUCACCGUGGCUGAUCUGGAAAAAGCUAAAUAGACUCAGCCCUGGUGAGUACUUGGAUGGGAGAUCACCAGAAAUCCCAGAGGUAUAGAUUACUGAGAAGUCCAGAGUCACCAUAUUAGAACAAAUCAAUGGCAAACCCCUUCUGUAUUGUUUUCCAAGCAAACUAAAGGGUCAUGCCCAUAUAGCUACAGGAGUCAAGUUUGACUCAAGGAAGGCUUUAUUUUACUGAACUUCAGAUAGCCAAGGUAACUCCGUGCACUCUUCUCCCUUGACUGACACAAAUGGCUGUCAGUUAUGAAUCUGCUUGUUUUCUGGCUGAAGCCUGACAGAGUGCAUAAAUAUUGCAUCAAGAUAGUAUUGCUGUGGUGCCAGAAAUCCUAGACAAAUGCCAUUACAGGCAUGUACUUCCCUUAAUCUAUCUCUGUGUUGUUGGCUGUUAAUAUGCUAUGUAUGUAGCCUGGUUUAUUUCUCUUACCAACAGUCUGAAUGAAAUAUCGAUUCUACAGAGCUGCCUUACUGAAAGUCAUUAAAAAAAUUUCUCCUCUUUAUGAAUGUUCAUCCCUCUUCCAACCAUGAAUGGCAAUUACCUGACUGAGCGAGAACAAAGAGGUAAUUUUGUUAUAUCAGCUUGGUUUCUAAUCUCUCAUUCUUUACCUCACAUCAAAAUAAGUAGCAUUUCAGGCCAUGCCAUCCUUGACUUACCUGUCUGUCAUUUAGAUUACAGAGAAAGAGAGAACCUUCAAUUGUUUUUUGUGAAGUAAUUAUGUUACUCUGGGGAAAACUGUUGUAUUUAUCAGACAGCAAUUGUAUUGCCUUGGCCUUCUCAGAAGACUCAGAAUUGGUUGAUAUGUAUAAUGCAGUAGUUAAUUUUAUAGAACCUGUUCACAGCAAUCCUUAUGUUGUACCUGGUGUGCAACCCUGUGUCAAUGGUUCAUUUCCAUAUUCCCGUAUUUUAUUAUAUUGCUAUUCAUGGUGAGUGACAAAGAGAAAACACUGCAAAACUGUUCAUCACUUCUUUCUUCCCCCCAAAGCUUUGGACAUUUUGCAAGGUAUUGUCCAUCAAUUCCAAGUCUGUUUGUGCAGUCUACAGUGAUUAGAUGCACAAGUGGGUUUUCCUUCUGGGGAAAGCUGAGAUUCUAAGGAUGCAGAUUUCUGCCAAUUCGUAUAAUCCCAAUGUUAUUUUUUUUAAUUACGUAACUGCUCUGCAUAGAAAUAUAUUUGUGUGUUUUCAUUCAGAUAAUUUUUAAAACCAUCCUGCAAAUUAGCAGCUUUAGAAAGUGACAGAAAUUCACCUUGGAAUUUUCCUCACAUACACAUUCCAUUGUUAAAUCCUGAACAAUAAAAGAUGAAAUUAUUUUCAGAGCCUAGAACAACUCUCACAAAUCUGGGCAUCCACAACUGUUGUUGGGGAUAGUAGCUACAACUGUUGUCUUUAUUGCAAAUAAGCAAACUCACUCUGCUCAUUUGCCAAACAUAUGGAAGCUAGCUGAAUCUAAUUUGGGAUUUGCCCAUCAAUAUCACACUGACUUGUUUAGAAAUAAAAUCUGACUUCUUGUU